GCGGGCCCGGGCGGAACCAUCGCGAGCCGGAACAGGGGACGCGGGGGUUGCGGCGCGGCCGGCGGGGAGUGCGGGUGCACCGCGGGCACCGGCCGGGAGCCAUGCUGGCGGCCGCGCUCCGGGCAGCGUCCGGCGGCGCCCGGCUCAGCUCCUGGCUGCCCCAGUCGGUUCCACUCCGAGGAAGGCACUGGCAGACCUCGCUGCUGGCGUUUAGGGCGUCGCUCCCAAUGAGAGCACAACCAAAGAAGAAGAAGAAAGUGGAUGUAAGGAAGGAGCAAGCACAGAAGGAUCGUAUGAAAAAGAAGAUUAAAAAGUUGGAAAAAGCUGCCCCAGAAAUGAUUCCAGUUGAGGAUUUUAUAACACCACUUAAGUACUCAGAUGGCAACAGGGUGCGAAGUCUUCCCCCUCUGUCAUUUGAGGAGUCUGAAAGAAGAGUUUUACUUAUGAAAAAGUGGAGUUUGUUUAAGCUGAAACAAGAUAAGGCAGAAAAGAAUGCAAUUCGGGCUCUUGUAGAAGCUCAGCAAGAGGCACUAAAGGAACUGCGCCUUGAAUCUGAGGAGUUGUACCAGGCAGCUAUCAGACGAGAUGAGAGGCUUUUACCCUUCGAGAGAGACGGACCUAAUUAUACCCCACCAUUUCCCGGUUAUGAUCCUCCUGAAGGAAAAUGCAUUGACAUCACCAAAGUGUAUACACAGUGAUGGAGGAGUUUGCUGUUCAUCUGGCAUGAGCUACUCAGCCAACUGAAGGAGAAAUGAAUGGAGUAAGAAUAAACAAUUCCUACUGAAGGUUAAAAUAUUGGAGGUGUUUGACUGUAAAAAAA